AUGGCUGAUGGAAUAUUCUGGUAUCCGUUACGGAGAUUCCGUGAAUUGUCAGGAUCAACGGCUCUGAUUGAUUGGAUGGAAUCUCCUAAUGCUCAUAUCUUCAAAAUCAACGUUCCAGGAUACAACAAAGAGGACAUAAAAGUGCAAAUUGAAGAAGGAAAUGUUCUUAGCAUAAGAGGAGAAGGAUUGAAAGAAGAGAAAGAACGGAAAGAGAAUUUGGUGUGGCACGUGGCGGAAAGAGAAGCUUUUUCCGGUAAAGGCGAGUUUUUCCGGCAGAUCGAAUUGCCGGAAAAUGUGAAACUCGAACAAAUCAAAGCACAUGUGGAGAACGGUCUUCUCACGGUGGUCGUCCCUAAGGACACGUCACAUAAAUCCUCCAAAACCCGAAAUAUCAACAUCACUAGCAAGCUCUGA